AUGGUCUCUCCGGCCAUCGCCCUGGCGUUUCUGCCCUGUGUGGCCACCCUGCUCAUCCGAUACCGCCAUUACUUCCUGUUCUUCUACCGAGCGGUGCUCCUCCGGAAGGUGCGGGACUACCUGACUGGCCUCUCGCGGGAAGAGCGGGCCUUCCGUUACGUCCUGACCCACGCCAUCCCCGGAGACCCCCUGCACAUCCUGGAGACCUUCAACCAGUGGAGCUACCACUGCGAGUAUCUCGGCACCCUGGGACCCCAGAAAGCCAAGAUCCUGGAGCGUCUCAUCUUCGACCAGGCUCCCCUGACGGUCUUGGAGCUGGGCACCUACUGUGGCUACACCUCCGUCCUCGUGGCGCAGUCGCUGCCCUUGGGCGCCCGGUUGUACACGGUGGAGAUGGACGUGAGCCGGGCAUCCGUGGCAGAGAAGGUGAUCCGGCUGGCUGGCUUUGACGAUGACACGAUUCCGACAGGGGCAUGA